AGCCCUCCCACCCAUGAUCACUCUGGGUUUGCUGGCGUCUUGCAUGCUGGUCUGCUGUCCUCGGUUAUUUUUGCUCUUGUCGCAUCGCUCCUGAAGCGGCCGUUCACCCUGGUGAUCGCCUUCUUCACGCUGCUGUCGGUGCUGGGCGUCAUGCUGAGCCUGGCUGGCUCCAUCCUGUCCUGCCAGAACGCGCAGCUGGUGAAGUCCCUGGAGGCCUGCGAGAGGGAGAGGGACUCGUGUGUCUGCUGCCAGGCCCGCUCGGAGCCCCCGCCCGCCUCCUGCAGCCAACAGAGCGAGAUGCUGACCAUGUUCCCCAACCCCAACUGCCGAAGCAUCCGCGUGGCACUCAAGGACCUCCUCUUCAGCGUCUGCGGCUUGACCGUCUUCUCCACCGUCAUCUGCACACUCUCUGCUGUCGUCUGCUGCAUCCGCAUCUUCUCCCUCGACAUCGUCCAUGUG